AUGUCAUAUAAUUUUGAAGAGUGUUUUUGGGAUCAACAUGAUAAUGGUGUCAAUGUAUUGCUAACUCAUAUAUCUUCGGGUAUAAAGGCUUGUGAUACUAUGGUAUCUUUUUUUAAACAAAGAAGUGAGUUAGAAAAAGAUUAUGCUAGAAGAUUGGGUGCUGGCAAUGAUAAGUUAAUGAAAGAUAUUUCAAAUAGUCCAGAUUAUGGCAAUGUUCAAGAGAGUCUGGUAGCUUUAGUUAACAUUGAAAAGAGCAGAGCUCAAGCUCAUUCAAAGCAAAGUGAAAUCAUUUACAGACAACUUUUUAUCGAUACAAGAGAUUUUAUUAGUCAGAUCCAAGCAAAAUACACAACGCUAAGUGGUAAGAUUGAAAAGCUCAGAGUAGACAAAUAUAAUAAAAGAAAAGGUUGUAAAGAGUUGAGUAAACGGUUAGAAGAAGCUGAAUCUCGUGCUAGGAGUUUGAAAUUAAACCAAUUUAAUACUGUUGGUGUCAGAAAAUCUGAACAAAAUCAAAAAGAAUUGGCGAAAUGGAGUAAUAAUUUGCAAGAAAUUCAAAAUCAAUUAGCAGUUUUAAAACAGGAAUAUAAAUCUUCUCAAAAAUUUUGGUUAAGUGAAUGGAGAAGUAUUACUUCUCAAUUUCAAGAAAUGGAGUCAACAAGAAUUAGCUUUAUCCAAGAAAAAUUGCAACAGUUUGCAGAUGCGACAAUGGAAACAAGCAUAUUGGAGCAGUCAAAGGAUGAAAGUUUAAUUAAUCAAUUAGCCAUGUUUACUGCAAUUGAUGAUAUUGCUUCUUUUUCCAGUAAGUUUGGUACUGGUAGAUUAAAAGAGAAAAAUCAUAAAGAAACAAAAAAGAAUGAAAUCAUUAAUGGCAAUUAUACUACUUCGCAUUCUUUAGUUAUGCCAAGAAAAGAAAGAUCAAAUACAAUGUUAUCCAAAGAGUCAUCAGGUUCUAGGAACCUUACCCAUAAUAAAAGAAAUUCAUACGUUGAAUCAAUAAGGAUGUUAUCUUCUCAGUUACAAAAAUUCAAUGGUGAUUCAAAUUAUAUUGACUUAACUAAAGAUGACUUUGAUACAACUAAACCCGUAAAAGAUCAAGACAUGUAUAUGGCAGCAGAAAACAUUGACGAAGUUCUGGCUAAAAAUUAUGAGAUAUCUAAAUUCAAUUCAUCGAAGACUAAAAGAUAUCAAAAGGAAAAAAAAAGUGAAGAUAAAGAAGAAAAUCUCUCGUCAUCUGGUUCAUCAAAUCCAACUGACUUUAAAUCACAUGUAAAAAAUCAAUCUAGUGUUGAUACAUUGCAAACUUCAAUUUCUUCUUAUACAAGUAAUAUCGAUGAUUCGGAGAGAUUUGCUAAAUCAUGGAAUAGUAAAAAUAGAAGAAGAAAAUCUGUAACGAAUUUACAAUUACCAUCUCCAACAACUAGUGAUAACGAGCAGGAGGAAAAAGAAGGAAAAGCUAAAGACUUUAGUAGAAUGGAUAAUAAUGAAGCAGAGUCAUCUAAAUACAAUUUACCUUCCGAAAAAUUAGUUGUGCCCUCAGAUAAAGUAAAUGAUGAUUUAAGAUAUAAUAGUAUGAAUACAACAAUUGUUAAUCCACAAUUGGACAUAAGUACUAACUCAAAAGGUAAGUUACGUAGAAAAUCAAUGGUAUAUGGGGAUGGAGAAAGCCCGAUUAAAGAAGCCUUGUAUAAAAUGAAUAGGAUACAAAGUUCCGCAACGAAUGCAUUUGCUGAAUCUAAUCCCAAAGUUGGAAGAGUAAGAGAUAAUGGGAUAACAGUUACAUUACCAUUGGUAACAAGUGAUGGUUUAAAUGUAAUUCGGUAUGCAAAGGCAGAAUAUCCAUUAAUGGAAAAUGAUGCUCCUGGUCUGGCUCAUUUUGAGAAGAACGACUAUUUAUUGAUAACUGAGGUUGUCAGUGAUGAAUGGUAUAAAGGUGAAGUAUACGGUAAUGAUAUGAUUGGGAUCAAUCAUAGGAGUGGUUUAAUACCAUUUAAUUUUAUUCAGUUAUUGAAUUAA